UUGUGUUGGUUGGACCGAGAGGAGGAGGAGGAGGAAGACGAAGAGGAGGACGAGGAGGAGGAGGAGGCGACGGCUGUCAUUUUUUUCCAUUUGUACCAACGGGCACGUUUCUCGGGAGCAAAACCAGGCGGGUGUAACUGUCCUACAGGCUCCAUCAGCAGGCGGCUUAUCUGACCGUUCGUCCAGAUAAUGAAUGGGAGGGAAAACACUGAAUUUAUAUUAGCGUCUGCGUGUUUGGACGAGCUCCUGUAAGCCUAUUACUGUGGACAUCGAGGAAGAAGAAGCAGAAAAAACAUGUCAGUGAGUCAACAGCUGGAGAGGAAAACACACGACGGAUCUCGGUCAACGUCUGCGCUCUCUUCAUAGCUGACGUAUGGGCUUUAUUCAUCGGUCCAUUCAUUCAGUAAUUCAGCAGGAAACGGAGAGAAUAACCACUGUACCGCCUUGUAUUUUGGCGCUGCUGCAACAGAGAUUGUCGAAGGAGGACAUCCUUCGCCGGUCAACACAUCCAGCGAUGGAGUCCCCCCACGCAGAGCUGUGCUGUUAAUAGGGGAGCUGGUUUAGGAAAGGCAAAAGUUAAGAACAGAGGAGAGGAGAAGAAGAAGAAGAAGAUAUCUCGGGUUACUGGUGGAUAACGCGUAUUUCACGCACGGAAGGAGAGGCAGAAUGUGGUAUCGCUGUUUCCCUCCACUCUGACUGAGUGAGGCCAGUGUCGGUAGACGGGGACAACCGGUGGUCGCUAAACCUCCGGUGUGUGUGUUUGUAUGUGUGUGAGGGUGGUGGAUGGUAAAACCGGUUUUUGAUGCGCGAGAAAGUGACGUGCCGCCCUCCCACCUUCCCAAGUCAACACACCAGGCAGCACCAUAAAUCCUUUUAAUUCACAUAUGUUUAUUUUAUCUUCCAAAAUGACUGUCUGUUGAACCCCCUCACUCAGACUCUCCAAAUCUCGCGGGAUAUUAAGGAAAUAAUAAGGGGGGAAAAGAGAGGAAGACAUUUAGAUUAAGACAAACAGGAACCGCCUAUAUGAAGAUGCUGAUGUGUGACCGCGGCGUCCAGAUGCUCGUGACGACGGUGGGCGCGUUCGCCGCCUUCAGCCUCAUGACUAUCGCCGUCGGUACCGACUACUGGCUGUACUCGCGCGGGGUCUGCCGCACGAAGAGCAACAACGACAACGACACAAGCCGCAAGAACGAGGAGGUGAUGACGCACUCCGGCCUCUGGCGAACCUGCUGUCUGGAAGGAACGUUCAGAGGUGUGUGUAAGAAGAUUGAUCACUUCCCGGAGGACGCGGACUAUGAAGCAGAUGCUGCUGAGUACCUCCUCCGUGCUGUGCGUGCCUCCAGUAUCUUCCCCAUCAUGAGCGUGGGGCUGCUGUUCCUGGGGGGGCUCUGUGUGGCCGCCAGUGAGUUUUACCGGAGCCGACACAACGUCAUCCUCAGCGCAGGAAUAUUCUUCGUCUCUGCAGGUCUCAGUAACAUCAUAGGAAUUAUUGUCUACAUCUCAGCAAACUCGGGCGACCCGGGCCAAAGCGACAGCAAAAAGUCCUACUCCUACGGUUGGUCCUUCUACUUCGGCGCCCUCUCCUUCAUCAUGGCGGAGAUGGUGGGCGUGCUCGCCGUGCACAUGUUCAUCGAGAAGCACCGCAAGCAGCGGGCCAAAUCCCGCACCGAGCUCAUCAAAAAGUCCGCCUUCAGCCGCAUCCCUUCUUAUCGCUACCGCUUCCGGCGUCGCUCCAGCGUUCGCUCUUCCGAAGCCCCCAGCCGCGACACCUCACCGCUGGGGAAAGGCGGCUACACUGGGCCCGGUGCCUCCGAGAUGCCCAUGUACACGCUGAACCCGCGCGAGGCAGGCAACGCCGGCACCAAACCGGGCAGCGGGAUGGGCGGGCUGCUCAACUCAGAGCGGGAGUUCCUCCAGAGCAGCACGCUCACUAAAGACUACAGCAAGGACCCCAACCGCAGGACCACGCCGGUGUGA